AUGAAUGAUAAAAGGGGUUAUUCAUAUUCCAGCAAGUUUCAACAAUACUAUUGUGACCAUUACAUAUGUAUGGGGGAAGAUGAUCUCUUUAGUCUUCCUCGAGCACUUGUGGAUUCAGAGACACAAGAUGAGGGACACCGUUUGCUGCUCAAACCGCAGCAGAAGAUGAUAUUCAAACUCUUUUUUCUUUUCUCUCUUCUAUGA